AGUUUAGUUCUAGUAGCGAUUUGGUUGUGGCCCGACGUGCAAUUUCAUUUCAAAUUAAUUCGACAACUGUGCAAAUAAUGGAAAAACUGAAACUUAUUGUAACACUCGGUAUCCUGUGCGCCUUGCUUAAUCCACAAGGAGACGGCGGUGCAUUGGCUGUGAUUUGGCCAUGUGAAAGUGACGCAGACUGCACAGCUGAUGGCUCCAGCUGUGGCACCGAAACCAGUCAAUGCGAGUGCUCCAGCUUUGAUACGGUCUUCUCCGAGAAUUACACACAAUGCUUGACCAGCUCGCAGAUUGGUGACGCAUGCCAAGACUCUGUUCAAUGCAAUCUUAUGCCAACAGGAGCCAGUUGUAAAACCGGGGUCUGCGAUUGCGCCGAUGGCCAAACCUAUCUGCUAGGCAAAUGUAGGCCACUGAACGGACUCAACGAGCCCUGCGAGACGGACUUGGACUGCUUCUUUGGCUACGAUCGAGCAUCCGUCAGCUGCCAGGAGAGCGUUUGUGCUUGUGCAAAUGGCUAUUAUCACAGAUAUGGAAACAUAUGUCGGCGCAAAUCAAUGGAAAAGAACGAUGCGUGCGUCGUUGAUGCGGACUGUGAUGCACUGGGCGCCAGUGCCACCUGCGUGGGAUUAGUGUGCACGGUUGCCGAUGAGUCGAGCACAAGCACCACAGUUAGCACCACAGCGGGCACCUCAACAGGCACCACAGCGGACACCACGCCAGGGAUUACAGCGACCACUACAGCGGGCAGUACUUUAGAGACUACAACGGGCACUACUCCAGCAACUACAGCGGGCACUACACCCGAGACUACAGCGGGCAGUACUUUGGAGACUACAGCAGACACUACUCCAUCAACUGGAACGGCCACUACACCCGAGACUACAGCGGAUACUACUCAGUGGACUACACCCAUUACUGAUUCCACCGUCUUUGCAAUCCUGCCCACCAGCUCGGCGCUCGCAAGAAAACAGUUUGCCAAGGCAUUUGUGCACAGUUCGCCCAAGCACAAGGAUGCUGCUGCUCAGGCCACUUUAUCCCUGCUCCAUGACAGUGACAGUGAGCUGCUGUUAACGCCUCGGCGAUCACGUGAAAUUGCUGUGCAGACAAGCAUCGAGAAGUACGAGCUUAAAGAGUUGGGACCCAGUGUUAAGAAUGUGGCAACCGCAACGACUAACACUUCGACCAGCAGUCGACGAACAUCCACAAAUACCCAGAAUAAUCGCAGACGUUUGCCGGCCAUCUUUAGAUACGAUAAUGAAGAUAUUAAAACUUAUUCCACCCUGGGAUCGAGCCGCGAUGACGACGAUGCUGAUGACAAGAAAUAUGGCAGCAGUUGCACAGAUAAUGGCAAGUCCUGCACAGGUUUGCCUCACUCGAUCUGCACCAAUAAGAUCUGUCUAUGCCGUCAGGGAUAUUAUGCGCGGAAUGGCAAAUGCUUUGCAGAACUGGGUGAGAUAGCGGAGAGCAGCGAUGAAUGCGAAUAUGAGUUCGAUCAGUUGUCCAAGACUUGUAUAUGCCAAAAGAAUUAUUUCUACGAACGCGACUUGCGCAACUGCAGAAAACCCAUUCAGUAUCAUUUGUCGUGCACAUCGAACAGCCAAUGCAGUCCCUUCGGUGCCUCCUAUUGCCAUCCAACGAUACCCAGACGCUGCACCUGCGAGGAAUAUGCACAAUACAAUGAGAUCACUCAGCUCUGCGAGUACAAGGAUGGUCUGGGGGCAGAGUGUGAGUCCAACGAUGGUUGUCUUGUGGAUCAUUCCAUUUGCUCAAAUCGCUUCUGUGUGUGCCAGGAUAACUAUUUCGCAAAGGACGAAGCUUGUGUGGCAGGUAUUGGCGCCGACUGCUCAGAGGAUGACGAAUGCAUUGCCGACAAUACAGCUUGUCUGGAGCGCAGCAAUAGCACUUCGGAGCAGGCUCGCUCCUGUCAAUGCCGUAAGGGUUAUGUGCACUUCAAGGAUGAGUGUCUAAAGGAAGCUGAGGAGCUGGACGAUGACUGCGUCGAGGAUGAGCAAUGUAAGCCGCUGCUCGCCAGUUGCAACGCUAAUGGCAAAUGCGGCUGCACGGACGAGCAGCACGAGAAGAACGGAAUCUGCGAGACGAAGCGCCUAUUGAGCGAACCGUGCAAUAAGGCCACAGAGUGUUUUGUUGAAAAGGAUCCUGAGAAUGUGGAAUGCCGCAAUUCCGUCUGUCAGUGCAAGUUUGGUUUCCAGGCCAGCACUGAUCAGAAGCAAUGCAUUCGUGUAUUGCCCAACAAAAAAAAUUCUUCCGGUAGGCCCAGCGCUCUAAAAAUCAUCACGUUCGUAUUGAUAGGCUCCGCUUUUCUAAUUACCAGCGCCGCUAUUAAACAGGCGUACUAUUAAUUGGAAAAUAAAGAUUCCCUUAUAAACCAUUCCCAAUUCCAAAAGUUUAAUAAUAUUUAACACAAGAGCUAAACUAAUCUAAGAUUUAAUUGUUAAGCAUUGUGAAAAAAUAGAAAAACUCCCUGUGCAUAAAAUACUAUAUAUAAAAUAUAGUCUAUUGAUGCCAUGCACCUUGGGAUUAUUGAUUUGUAGUUCAUGUUUUCUGAGGUGCAUGCAGUAUUACGAGUACCCAAAUGACGCUUGAGCCAAGUGGCGUCCCAUAAUCUAAAUCUAUUUAUAAUACUUAGUAAUUAUAUUAAGUUAAUAAUUAGAAUUUUAAAGCAAUAAUUGUUGAUGAUGAUGAGUUGCAAGAGUCGUAUGUAGUUAAUCGCUUAUAUCAAUAACUACUCUUAAAGCAAGAACCUUACAAAGUAUGAUUAAACUAUUAUGUCUAAGCUAAUUCAAACGGUUUAAAGGCAAAUUGUAAUAUAUACUCGUACGCUAAUAAAUUAAGACUAAAAUGCUGUUGUGUUUU